AUCACCAUCUCUAUAACUCUUCACCCACUUCAAAACUCUCUCUCUCUCUCUUUCUCUCUCUCUCCUUCCCAAUCUAACUGACAUAUGUUGGGAAAAAAGAUGGUUUCCUUCAAGAAACUAGCAAAGAAGGCCAAGACGAUGGGCGGCGGGGUGGACCGUGAGCAGUCGCCGCACCACGAGUUCCUGCUCGGUGAGUCCGAGGAGGAAGCGCCCUCGUCCCCGAAGACGCCCAAUGGCUUCUUCGCGGUCUACGUGGGGGACGAGCACCGGAGGUUUGCAGUGCCCACGAGCUACCUCUCGCAUCCUCUUUUCAAAAUGCUGCUCGAGAAGGCGUCCAACGAGUUCGGGUUCGAGCGGCGCGAGAGGCUGGUGGUUCCAUGCAGCGUGUCCACAUUCCAAGAGGUGUUGGGUGCUAUCGAGGGCUGCAAUGGGAGGUUUGACUUUGGGAAAUUGGUGGAGGAGUUCAUAUAGUGCAUGGAUGAUGAAGCUACCAGAUGUUGAACAAACAGGUUUUGCAUUAGAGAGGUGAUUUUGUGAGGGAGUUGAAAGUUUUUGGAGCAAUCGAUAUGAUCUUGAUCUCCCCUUUUUUUCUUGGUUUAGAGUGUCAUGAACAUACUGGAAAUGUGCCUUACCCAAAAAAUAAAAAAACAUACUGGAAAUGUGUCAUAUGUGAUCUAGCAUCAGCUCCCACCAUGUAAUCCAUUCAUGGUCGAGCUCAAAUCGUUAAGGAAUGAGAAAGUUUCAAUACAUUAGGACAGUCAAAUUAUUUUGAUUAGUGUGAGUGCUAUACCUUCUCUCCAUUCAUGAAACCGUCCAGGCCACAGAAAAACAAAAGCAUUGCUAUAACCGCAUUAUGAUGUUAAUGAAGUUAAGCUAAAGAUUAGCAUCUGA